GCGCGUCCUCAUCUUAGACUUGUACAUUGCGCGAUCGUCCGGCUCUCCCUAUCUCGCGUUUGCGUCCAAUCUGCCCACCAUGACCGACGUUGAAAUGAAGACAGAAGACAAGGCUCAGGACAAAGCACAGGACAAGACCAAGGAAGAGCCCAAGCCAGUCCCAGUGUCGCCUGCUGCAGAAAUCAAGUCCAAUGUUGCCCUCAUUGAGCGUGCUGUGGCCACCCUCGAGCCAAGGUUCACUAUGCGCGUCCUGAGGACGUUGACCUCUCUCAGGAAACGCUUGAAUGAUGCAGUCCUUCGAGAGGCGGUGGAAGAGGUGUACCCCAAAGAUUCAUCCAUCAAGAAGUCUCUACUGUCGUGGCUACCAGCUGCCACGUCUGCGGACCACUCCAUGGACAUCGACGGCGCGCCUGCUUCGAGCAAACCUACGUCUGACCCUGUACCCGAAGUCGAGAUAUACCUCCGCCUUCUCAUCCUUCACCACUUUUUGUCGUCCCAGAGCACCUACGGCAAGGCUAUGGAGCUCGCACAAGAUACGGUCGCCAAGAUGCAGGCGCUGAACAGGCGGAGCAUGGACCCCAUCGGCGCCAAGGUGUGGUACGCUGUGGAGCGUACGUAUGAACUGGCCGGGGAGUUGGCCGAUGCCAGACCAAUGUUCCUCGCCGCACAGCGCACGUCUUCACUCAGACAUGAUGACGAGACACAAGCAUCUCUCAUCAACCGCCUCCUCCGCAGCUAUCUCCAAUACAGCUUGUACGACCAAGCAGACAAGCUCGUGUCAAAAACCACUUUCCCCGCCUCAGCUUCAAACUCGCAGUUCGCGCGGUACCACUACUACCUGGGGCGUAUCAAGGUCGUCCAGCUGAACUACACUGCCGCUCACACAAACCUGCAGCAAGCGAUCAGACGCGCUCCUCCCGCAAAAGUUGCGCCGGGGUUCUACCAGGCGGUGCACAAGCUGUCUGUGGUGGUUGAACUUCUCAUGGGCGAUAUCCCAGAGCGCAGCUUGUUUAGACACCCAGUACUGGAGAAAGCGCUGAGCGCGUACUAUGACAUCGUAACCGCAGUGCGGACCGGCUCACUCUCGCAGUUCCAAACAACCCUCUCGAAGCAUGCCGCCUUAUUCGAGGCGGACAAAACCUACACGCUCAUCGGGCGGUUACGGCAGAACGUCAUCAAGACGGGGAUCCGGAGACUCUCCCUUUCGUACUCGCGCAUCUCUCUGCGGGAUAUCUGCGUAAAGCUGCAUCUCGACUCGGAAGAGGACGCGGAGUACAUCGUUGGGAAGGCCAUUCGGGAUGGUGUUAUUGAUGGACGGAUCGUGCAUGAGAAGGGAUGGAUGGAGUGUGGCGGGCAGAAGGGUGGAUAUGGACCCGAGGUUGCUGAGGUGUUCCAAAGGAGAAUAGGGUACUGCCUGGAAUUGCACAACCAGAGCGUGAAGGCAAUGCGCUAUCCUCUGAAUGCGCACCGCAAGGAACUUGCAGCGGCGGAAGGUGCGCGGGAGCGGGAAAAGGAGCUGGCCAAGCAGGUACAAGAAGGCGGCGGGGACUUGGAUGACGACGACAGUCCGUUGGGUGAAGGCUUCUAGUGCGCUAGCGGGCGCUAUGUGUACUUGACAUUGGGAAUCUGAAUGGACGCUGACCAGAAAUGGAUGGUGGAACUCUUAUCUCUUCCUCUGAGCUUUUGAAUGCCGUAUGGAGCUUUCCCAGCAUUCUGCCCUGGACGCUGCGUACUUUCUUCCUGGUAACUGGCGCGCGACCGCAACUUAGAAACGGUUGUAGAGGGCCCAAAUAUCAUCUUGACGACAUCGUUUCCCU